AUGUCUCAAUCAGGAGUUACUGUUGAAAAGGCCGGCGCGCCGUUCACCGUCGUCAAUGACUUGCCUCGCUCGAGUCCUGGUGCCAAACAUGCUCUUGUGAAGUCUGUCUAUGUGGCACUCAACCCCGUCGAAACUGUGAUGCAGAAAUAUGGCGUCCUAGUCCAAGACUGGCCUGCUGUUCUCGGCUCCGAUUUCUGCGCCCAAGUCAUCGAGACGGGUCCCGAGUGUACAAAACUCAAGAAGGGCGAUUACGUCUACAGCGAGUGUCGACUUGGACAGAAGGCGUAUUCUCCAUUCCAGGAGACCUUUCUGGUAGAUGAGGACUAUGUGUUCAAGGUUGAGGGGGAGUUGACGCCCGCUCAGGCUUCUACCAUUGCUGUUGGGACGCUUACUUCUGCGUUUGGUAUCAUUGUUGGAGCGAAGGUUCCGCUGCCGGAGCCGGGGGCUAAGGUUGCCGAGAAGGACGAGUGGCUUAUUGUGCUUGGUGGAAGUGGUACUGUUGGACAUUAUGCCAUUCAGAUUGGUCGCCUGUGCGGAUACAAGGUCGCGGCAUCGUGCUCGCCGUCCAACAAAUCGGUUGUUUUGAAACUUGGCGCCCAAGCCGCCAUCAAUAACCGUGGCACACCCGAGGAACAGGCCGCUGAAGUUCAAUCCAUCACUGGCGGCAAAUACUCCAUCGUGUUCGAUGCCAGCGCUCUAUCGAAUAAGGCUGCAGCCAAGAUGCUUGAAGCGUCAACCGCGAGUCCUAAAUACUAUACUACGUCCGAGGCAAACCACUAUGAUAUGCCAGACGGCGUCACCUCGUACUACGUCCUGAUCGGUAAACUGGGCCAGGAUGACGACUUGGGCAAGCAUGUGAGCGAAGAAACUAAGAAGAUGAUUCCGUCGCUGCAGGGACAUGUGGCGAGCGGUGUGCUUACUCCGUUGGAGUACGACGUCUACAACGGAACUGGGUUCGAAAGCCUUGCCACGGCUCUGACUGACUUUGGCGAGGGUAAGAUCAAGGGGAAGAUUGUGAUCCGUCUACAGGAUUAG